AUGAGAGGUGAUCUGGUUCGAAAACCUGCUGAAAUUCGUAUUGAAGGCAAUGACAAAUCAGCAAAAUAUUAUCCAGAUUCAGUAAAUUCAACCAGAAAAUUCAGAUUAGAACGCGAUGCAUCAGGAACAAGCCAGUUACGUGUUAAAUUAUUUCCACCAAAAGCUCGUUCAAAUCAAAAAGAAUCGAAAUCAGCACAAGAACCACGUGAUGUGAUAUUAUUGGA